GGGGGGAAAUCUCGGGAGCUGUCUGAAGGAACAAAUAGCGUGAAGAUUUAAAAACGUGCAUUUAGCAGACGGCGAUUCUGCAACAUUUCGCAGGAAGGCGGCACCGUUACUUUCGAUUAUUUAAAGCUCUCUGUCGACGAGAACCCUUUAAUUGAGCCUCUCUCUUCGUAACUUGGAGGAAGUUUUAACUCUGCACGGCGGAGCAGAAAGUCAGGUCGGUGGUCGGCAGUUGGUCCUGCAGGAAUGUCGCAGAAAGAGAGACCCGUGUUUUAUCGACAGGAGGUCAACAAAACGAUAUGGGAAGUACCGGAGCGGUACCAAAACCUGUCCCCGGUUGGCUCUGGCGCCUACGGAUCCGUGUGUUCUGCAUAUGAUUUGAAGACCGGUUUAAAGGUAGCUGUGAAGAAGCUCUCUCGGCCAUUUCAGUCGAUCAUCCAUGCAAAGAGAACAUACAGAGAGCUGCGGCUGCUGAAACACAUGAAACAUGAAAAUGUGAUUGGCCUCCUAGAUGUCUUCAGCCCUGCUACUAGUCUGAAGGAAUUCACUGAUGUGUAUCUCGUGACUCACUUAAUGGGGGCAGAUCUCAACAACAUCGUGAAAUGUCAGAAACUCACAGAUGACCAUGUGCAGUUCCUCAUAUACCAGAUCCUCAGAGGGUUAAAGUAUAUCCACUCAGCAGAUAUCAUUCACAGAGAUUUGAAACCUAGUAAUCUGGCGGUGAAUGAAGACUGUGAGCUGAAGAUUUUGGACUUUGGUUUGGCACGGCACACUGAUGAUGAGAUGACGGGCUACGUGGCAACCCGCUGGUACCGUGCACCAGAGAUCAUGUUGAACUGGAUGCAUUACAACAUGACAGUGGAUAUUUGGUCAGUGGGCUGUAUAAUGGCAGAACUCCUCACUGGAAAAACUCUUUUUCCUGGAUCUGACCAUAUAAACCAGCUUCAGCAGAUAAUGCGUCUAACAGGAACGCCCCCAACAUCUCUAAUAAGCAGGAUGCCCAGCCAUGAGGCCAGGAACUACAUCAGCUCUUUGCCACACAUGCCCAAGAGGAACUUUGCUGAUGUGUUCAUUGGUGCCAACCCACAAGCUGUGGACCUUCUGGAGAAAAUGCUGGUUCUGGACACAGACAAGCGGAUAACAGCAGCCGAGGCUCUGGCUCACCCCUACUUCGCUCAGUACCAUGACCCAGACGACGAGCCCGAGGCCGAGCCCUACGACCAGAGCUUUGAGAGCCGCGAGCUGGAGAUUGAAGAGUGGAAACGAUUAACCUAUGAGGAGUUAUGUAGUUUCGAGCCACCUAUCUUUGACGAGGACGACAUGGAGUGACGUGACGAGACGUGCUACCCACAUCGACCCCAGCCGCCGACAAUAUGUAACAACCUUGAACAUGUGCAUUAGUGUUAAACUCUCGGACACACUUGUAUCAGAGUGCCUACCAGCCUUUAUCAGUCUGUAUUAACCAAGAAAACAUUGUCCACGAUUCGCUCUCGUUAGGAGAUGAUUGCCAGCGCAGGGAGAGGAAGAGCUCGACCAGUUAUCAUUAUUCUUAUUUAUGAACCACUAAUGUUAAUGGUCUGUUGCUGGGAAAUGUCAUUUCUUGCCAAUAGCUGAAAUCAUUUUAUAUUCUUAGAUUUUUUUUCUUUAAAUUUAGACUUUAAUGACUCGUCACUGUGACACUGAGAUGCUGAAACACCUGGACCUAUAGCUGUGCUAUUUUGUGUUUUUAAAUUUUCUAUUGAGUAACUUAUGAAUAAGCUUCUGUGUCCAUCAAUUGAAAAAAAGGAAUAUGCUAGUCUACCACUCGCCCUGCCAAGCUGUCACAUAUAGCACUGGGUCACAUGUAUUUGUUUCAUGAUUCAGUCGUAAUUGUUCCUGUAUUUAAAAAGAGAUAACUCUGAAGGGGUUUAUAUCUGUGACAGAAGUAGAUUUGAUGUUUUUAGGUAUUUGACAAUUUGAGAAUGUGCCUGUUCUGUGCAGUCACUGACCUUCAGUGCUCACCAACUGAGUUUCACACAUUUUAGUGUUCAUUUUGAUAGUGUAGAUGCUCUGUAAGUCAUAGUUUGGCUAAAAAUCUGAGCCUCUGCUGUUAAAGGACAGUACAACUCAACAAGGCACCUAAGUAGGAAAAAAAAAAACAUAAUGGGUACAUGCUCUACUCAAAAAUAUGUAAAUAUCUGUGCGUUAUUUUUUAAAUCUCUGACUUAUUGUGCUUAUGUCAUGAAGCAAUCACUUUUAGUAUGUACAUCAGUUUAAAGACUUAUGUGUGCGUUUGCGAGAGUGUGUUGUUGGUUUACAGGAAUUUUAAGUGUCAUGCUAAAACCUCUAAUAGAAAUACUGCUUAAAUGUGUAAAAGAGGGAUUUCAGAUGUAUUUAUACUUUGUGGAGGUGGUAUUUAUAAACAACAAUCGAAAGAUCCCUUAAACUAUUUUCAGGCCAGCAGAGUAACUACUAUCUUCAGUCCUUUGUUUAACAAAAUAAAGACUUAUUUUUAAGAGA